ACAAAUAGUAAAUAAAAAAAUAGCAAAUUAAAAGUGUAGGACGUGUUUUUACAGGUCAUAUUAUGUAUACUUUAGAUUACGAUCUGCGUAAUCUAAUAAUAGAAGGGUUCAAGAUUAAAAAAAGUUAGAAUAUAAUCUUGUUCUUCUAAAUUAUAUUGAUAUACUAUAGCAAUCAUUCUCAGAAAUCUCUUUACAGAUUUGGAUAGGAUUUCAUGCAGAAACAACUUGGUGUAUUUCACAUGAAGACAUUUCCCACUUCUAUAAAGUAAGUGAAUGAGGGGUAGCCGCUCUCGGAAAACAUAUCAUAUUGUUUUGUUUUUUUGAACAAACAUAUCAUAUUGUUAUAGUUCUCAUUUUUAAUACUUUUCUUGAAAUAGUUGGCGAAAUGACUUCAAGAUUCAUCCGUUCGAUUUCUUCCUCAAGGUUCUUCCCACCGAUUCAUCUUCACAUUACAUGAUUGUAUAUGCUAAUUUGACAUGGAUGUAUGCAGUUAACUAUGUAUAUGUCUAUAAAUGUGAUCGAUACAGGUGUGAUGGGAAGAGUGAAAAUGAGAUGAAUAACGGGGAUGAAGAUAGUAAAUACCCUCUUGUGAGUAUUUUAAGUAUGCGAGGAGGAGAUGGACACAAUAGCUACUCCACCAACUCUCUUCUUCAGAGAAGAGUUUUAUCAAUGACCAAGCCCAUCCUGGUUAAAAACACUAAAGAAAUGAUGAAAAACUUGGACUUUCCUAAAUGCCUUAAACUAGCCGAUUUGGGCUGUUCUUCAGGACAGAACACGUUCACGGUCAUGUCUGAUAUCGUUAACACAAUCAUUGCGUUAUGUGAAGAAAGCAACAAAAACCCUCUAGAGAUAGAUUGUUGUCUGAACGAUCUCUCUGGUAAUGAUUUCAACAUGACAUUCAAGUUCCUAACCUUCUUCAACGAUAAGCUCACAAGCAAAAUACCAUGCUUUGUCUCUGGAGUACCUGGUUCCUUUUACUCAAGGCUCUUUCCUCGCAAGAGUCUCCAUUUCGUUCAUUCAAACUACAGUCUUCAUUACCUCUCUAAGGCUCCCGACGGACUUGAGAAGAACAAGAUGAGUGUGUACAUAACAGGUUCAAGUCUUCCAAGUGAACACAAGGCUUACCUGAAUCAGUUCCAGAAAGAUUUUACGACAUUUCUAAGAAUGCGUUCUGAAGAAAUGGUAUCUAAUGGACGCAUGGUUCUCACAUUAAUCGGCAGGAAAACUCUUGAUGAUCCACUAUACAGGGAUUGUUGUCAUUGGUUGACAUUGUUAUCCGAUUCUCUGCGUGACCUAGUCUUCGAGGGUCUUGUGAGUGCAUCAAAGGUGAGUUCGUUCAAGGUGCCGUUUUAUGAUCCUAACGGAGACGAAGUGAAAGAACUAAUUAGAAAUGAGGGUUCAUUCAUGGUAAACGACUUGGAGACACAUAUAUUUGAUCUCGGUCUUAGUAACGAAGAAUAUGGCUUGCAAUCAGAUAGAGCAAAAGCAGGGGAAAAAGAAGCUAAUUGCAUAAGAGCAGUGACUGAAACAAUGCUUGUAGCUCACUUUGGAGAUGCCAUUAAUAUCGCUACAUUGUUUGAAAAAUAUGCACAUCAUGUGUCGCAGCAUGCCAGCUGCAAGAACAAAACGUCUGUCAGUCUAGUCGUUUCGCUGAUUCGGAAAUAAAUUUUAUUAUGUAACCCGUGCGAUGUGCCAGACCUAAAUCAAUAUAAAUCACCAACAAAAAUCCAUAAAAAUAAAAAAAAUACCCAUUUUGUUACGCCAAAAACUCCAGACUUAAAUUUUCGGAAAUUCUAAUUUAAAAUAAUAUUUUGUACCAAUAAUAUUUAAAGAUACCAGUGAUAUGCUCCGCGCCAGACGAAUAACUGACUUUUCGAUUUGAUUCAAUCUGCACUUUUACGAAUAUUCUAAUAUUUUUAUCGGAUAUCUGAUCUGUACAUACUAACACAAGUUCACUUCAAAUAUUAUGUAUAUAUAAGUUUAGGAUCUGUAUUAUCUAAUAAUACAAUGGAUCUGUAUAAUCUAAUAAUACAAUCAGUAGGUAUAUAUUCAUCUUCUAUAGCAAUCAUUCUCAGAAAUCUCUAGAGAUUUGGAUAGGAUUUUGUGUUGAACCAACUUGGUCUAUUUCACAUUGAAGACGACAUGUCCGCCACAACCAAUAUAUAAAUUGACUGAGGGUAGCUUCCCUCAAAAAACAUAUCAUAUUGUUAUAGUUCUUAUUUUUCAAUAAUUUUCUUCAAACAGUGCGCGAAAUGAAUUCAAGAUUCACCCGUUCGAUUUCUUCCUCAAGGUUCUUCUCACCAAUUCAUCUUCACGAUACAUGAUUGUAUAUGCUAAUUUGACAUAGAUUAUGCAUUUAUCUAUGUAUGUGUCUAUACAUGCGAUCCAUGCAGGUGUGCUGGGAAGAGUGAAUAUGAGAUGAAUAAAGGCGAUGAGGAGGAUAGUAGUAAAUACCCUUUUGUGAGUAUUUUAAGUAUGAGGAGAUGGACACAAUAGCUACCCCAUCAACUCUCUUCUUCAUGUUCUUUCAUCACUAUAUAUAUAUACUCGGUAAUAACUCGUACCUUGCGCGGAAUAAAAUAAUUGAUUAGAUUAUUUAUUUUACGAUGUAAUAAGAGAUUUGUCAUAUAGCUUUUUCAAAGGAUGACCAUUCAGAUAUCCGUUUGGAUUCAGUUGAUCUAUUCGAAUUUUUAUUUUUAGAGUAAGAAAUUUUAAUAUGAUUCGGAUAUUUACAAAUUUUGGUUUGAAUUUGAAUUGAAUUUGGUUUGAAUUUGGAUUGGAUUUGGUUCGAAUCAUUGCAUGUUUGGUUCAGAUUCGAGUUUGAGUACCUAUUUUAAUUAUGUAAUUUUAAACAAAAAUCCAAAUAUACUCAAUCCUCAACAUCCGAAAAUAAAAACAAUAUAAAAAUUUACAUAAAAUAGUUCAAUUUAAAUAUUUACAUAGAGAAAAAAAAUAUACUUCAGUAUUUUGAACAAAUUUUUGAUUUUAGAUAUUUUCAUAUUAAUUAAUAUCUAAUAUAUAUAAAAUUUAAAAUAACUAAUAUAUUUAAGUAUAUAAUUGUGUUUUAGAUAUUUUCGGUAUCCAAAAUAUUUCAGUUUGUAUCGGAUUCUGGCCUGGUUAUCCAUAUAUUAAACUUUUAGAUCCGUUUGAGUACUUAAUCAGUUUUAGUUUGUGUAUAGUUUUUACUUUCAAAUCAAGUUCAGCUCGAUUCUUCAGAUCCAAAUAUUUUACCCAAACUUACUUUCUUCUGUAAAUAUAAAAAAACUUUCAUAACCUUCUCUCAUAGAAUAUUAUAUAUCAAAUAAUUCUUAGAAACUUAGAAAUAUAUCCAAAUAAUUAAUAAAUAUUUGUAACUAGCAAGUAAUCGAAUAAGAUAAAUAACUUGCAAGUAACAUAUUUUUGGACAAGUAUUCGUUUUUGACAAGUCAAAUAUAAGUCCAAAAUCCAUUACUCGUUUAAGUCAAGCCAAGUAUGUAAAAAAAACAAGUAAUCUCCUUGCGCCAGCUUUACCAUCCCUCGUAGUUUAUCCCCGUAGAGCUGAUAAUGAGCCUUUUAGUUUAACUGGUGAGACUAGCGAGAUUGAGAUGCACAUCGUUGUGGUAAGUGGUAACCACUAUGAUCCAUUUGUAAUCAGACUGAAUUUUAUUACAAAAUAUAAAGGACAAAACUGUCUUUUCAGCGGGAUAUUCUCUGUUUUUUUUUCUCUCAGACGAAAACAGAGCUACAAGACAAUAAUAGUAGACACAGAGCAGCUUGUUCUUCCUCCUUUAGACUCCGCCGUUGUUUCUUCAAACCCGCGCUACCAUGUGAUGAUAAUAACGAUGGGUUUAUCUUCUUGUAGGCUUUGUGGGUAUGAAUAAUACGAAUACCCAAUAACUCGGUUCGUCUCUGUCUCAUGAAUCUUAUCCCACAUGCAUUGCAAAGAGACUGUGAAUUCCAUAAAAAAAAACUUAA